AUGGCGAACGACUUUCCUGAUCCACCUGGUUUCAUUAAUGCUCAUGGGGAUAACAUAGUGAUUCCGCAAGGGCAAACUCACCAAAAUCAACAAAGGCCGAAUAACAACAGGCAGAGACAACCAACUUUGAUAGAGUUCUUUCAGCCGAUUGUGGGCAAUACAACUCAUGGUUAUUUCGCACAUCCUGUGCAGGCGAAUAACUUUGAAAUCAAGACAAUUUGUAGCACUGUCAAACUCGGCAACAUGACAGAAGAUGAAGUUUGGUUGCGCUUAUUCCCAUUUUCUCUAAGGGAUAAAGCAAGGGUAUGGAUUCAGUCUCUGUCUAGAGUUGGUAUUAAUACAUGGCAAGAUUUGGCCAAGGCAUUCCUUAACAAGUAUUUUCUCAUGGCGAAGACUGCAAAGCUGACUAUGCUCUAUCAGAAAAUGGAUGGGGAAUCACUAUAUGAUGCUUGGGAGCGAAGUACCAUUGAUGCAACUAUAGGAGGGUCAUUGAUGAGGAAGACCACCAAUGCAGCAUUUGAGUUGUUAAAUGAAUUGGCAAUGAACAACUGUUCUUGGCCAAUCGAGAGGGCUAGAGCACCAUUACAGAGAGGAGUUAUGGUAGUUAGUUUAGACCCUGCUAUGGAGACUCUUAAAUCGAAGAAUGAAGCAUUGCAGGCUCAAGUUGAUUUCCUAACAAGAGAAGCUGCAACAACCAACAUUAGCAAUGCGGUUACAAUUCAUAGUAACUAUGAAGUUUGUGGUGACUAUGGCCAUGUGGCAAGUGACUGUUAUGUGACGGGACAUGAUUUUAGUGAGCAAGUCAAUUAUGUGGAAGGACAGAGGCUAGACAAGGACCCAUAUUUCAAUACAUACAACCCAGUGUGGAGAAAUCACCCAAAUUUCUCAUGGAAGGAUAAUGGGGGCAAUGCCAAAGCUCAAGUGAGUUCCAACUUUCAAGGAGGACCUAGACCACAGCAGUAUCAGGGAAACUUCAACAACCAUGAAGAGACUCGACAAACAUUCAAGAAUUAUGCUGCCACAAUUCAUAGACUUGAUUUGCAGAAUGCUCAGAUGGCUAAGGCACUUCUGAUCAGGAACCAAGGAGGAUUGCUAUCGACAACUGAGGCAAAUCCAAGAGAGCAAGUCAAGGAAAUAACACUAAGGAGUUCAAAAGUACUUCCCGAACCGCAUGAAGAGAAGGUUGUAUUAGAGGAAGAGAAGGAGCAGUGUGAGGUUGGCACAACUUAG